CCUCCCCGCUGGUCUUCUUCACUCCUCACCACCACCACCACCACCGCACCUACCUCUCUCUUUCUCUCUCCUCUCCUCCCCCACCCACUCUCUCUCUCUCUCUACAAGGCACACCCGAGGGGCUCGACCCAGUUCUCCCGGCGCCAUUCGCGAGGUGGGUAUGUGAGCCCCGGUCGGUUUGGGCGGCCAUCGCGAUCUGCGGCGAGGAUCUCGGGAACCAUGGGCGGCGGCGGCGACGGCGGGGGAGGAGGGGGCCUGGCGGAGGCGCAGUACGUGAAGGCGAAGACGUCGGUGUGGUGGGACAUCGAGAACUGCCACGUGCCCAAGGGGUGCGACCCCCACGCCAUCGCCCAGAACAUCAGCUCCGCCCUGGCCAAGCUCAACUACAGCGGCCCCGUCUCCAUCUCCUCCUACGGCGACACCACGGGCAUCCCCGCCGCUGUCCAGCAGGCGCUCUCCAGCACCGGCAUCGCUCUCAACCACGUCCCCGCCGGUGUUAAAGACGCGAGCGAUAAGAAGAUACUGGUGGACAUGUUGUUCUGGGCGGUGGACAAUCCUGCGCCAGCUAAUUAUCUUUUGAUCUCUGGCGAUCGAGACUUUUCUAAUGCUCUUCAUCAGCUGCGCAUGAGAAGAUACAACAUUCUUCUAGCGCAGCCUCAAAAGGCGUCGGCACCCUUACAGGCCGCUGCAAAGACCGUGUGGUUGUGGACCAGUCUCGUGGCUGGUGGGCCUCCUUUGACGAUCAUCGAGUCACAACAGUUUGGUAACCAUGUUUUUGGUUCUUCUAGUUCGGAAACAUUACCGGUCCCAGUUUCUAAUUCUUUUCCGAUGAAGCAACCUGGGGAUGUCCAUUCCGAAAGUUCUCAUAUAGGGAACCAUAAGAAGUCUCCCAAUAUGGGAAAGGGUCAUGACCCUAAACAUAAUAAAGGAAAAGGGAACCGGAAAAAUAUGGGUCAUUCUGGUCCAAAGAAUUCGAGUGCAUCCUUUGGGUCUGGAGAUGAUCAAAACAAUCCAAGCUUUUACCAGCAAGGCGCAUCUAACCAUAGGGGUCCUGUUGGUGGAUCUGUUAUGACUGGCAAUCACGAUCCUUCUUGGAGCCAUAGCAACGGGCAAGGCAAUUAUCCGAUUCAUUAUCCACCCCCUCCAAGGCCAGACUGGCCAGACUUUCCUGUGCAUUGCGCACUCCCACAAGCGAAUUUGUAUCCGCCCUACAGCCCUCCUUUUAGUAGCACUCCUGUGGUGCCUCCUCGGCCAGAUAGGCCUAGGAGUUCACAGGGUCCUCCAGACAUCAGUAAGUUAAAUAUUUCGGCUCACCCAAGCAAUGUUCAGAAUCCUCCUACUUUUCAUCAGCCGAAUGGAGAGCUAAAACAGAGGCCUAACCUUGUCAAAAACAAGCCAUCAACCUAUCAUGACACCGUGAACAAUAGGUUUCCUCGAUGCCCUGAGUAUCCAUCCUCAACUUCCUGUGCCCCAUCUACUCCUGAUUUUCCAAGUAAUGGUACUUGGGGAACUUCUGGAUAUCCAAAACCUUCCGAGUACAUCCAAAGUCUUAUAGGAGUUAUCUUACUCGCCUUGGACACCCUAAAGAACGAAAAGAUUAUGCCAACUGAAGCCAAUAUAAUUGAUUGCAUUCGAUAUGGAGAUGCCAAGCAUCGCAACACUGAUGUGAAACAGGGCCUAGAGAGUGCCAUUGAGCAUCAAAUGAUAGUGAAGCAAAAUUUAGGCAACGUCCAAUUGUAUGUUGGUAAGAAUGAAAAACUGUGGAAUUGUGUGAACCCUGCCGGGAAUGCAAACGAUUAUCCUAAGGCAACAUGGCGUGAGAUUCAGAAUUUCUUGACAUCAUCCGUCGGACGGUCUGCAAUUCUGGCUUCUCAGUGCAGGUAUGAAGCGGGUAUGACUAUGAAGCGCAUGUGCUUGAAACAACUUGCUUUAGGUGAGGUUCUACAAAUUCUUAACCUAAUACUUACGAGGAAAAGAUGGAUAUUGCACCACCAAUCAGGAUGGCAGCCUCUUAAGAUUACUCUCGCGGAGGCCAACACCAACUCUGUGGCCAGUGACGACGGAUGGGGGAGUGGUUGGGAAUAGGCAAGGAGUGUAGGUAGACCCGGGGGGCUUGGGGAGUUGAGCCCCUAUUACCCCAUCUCCAUCUAGGAUUCUUUACUUUUGAUUUUUGCCCAUUAGAUUUUUUUUUCUUUUGGAGUUUAUAACUCACCUUUCCUAGUCCUAGAUCCUCUAUCUGCCAUAACUAAGGGGGUCGUCUUGCAUGGAAGCAUACCAUACACUGAAUGUGAAGGUGGGUUGUAUUUGGUGAAAAUGUGGUAAGUUACUAUCAUUUGGAUGACUGGUAUCUGAGAAAACCAAGGGCCGUAUCCUGGUCUAAUGUAUUGAAGGAGUAGUUAAACCCUUGGAACAUGAAGCUUUGAGGUCUGCAAGUUGUUGGAUAUAGAUUCCUUUGCCAUGUGCUUUACACUUUUGCCUUAGGUGUUUUGACUAUGGGCAUAUGAUGAUGAUAUCUUUCCAACUUACGCCGGGACCUUUUAGAACUGAGACACGUGGAAUCAUUCUAUGGAUUUAACUAUUCAUGCAGCCAUAUUACGGUGGAAUUUACUGUUGGUCUUUUCUUAUGGAGCAAGUUGGAGGUUCUUGCAAAAAGGCUCCUUGCUUCAUUGAUCUGAUGCUUAGACUGUCAAAAGAAGUCGAGCAAGAGAUGCUACUAGUUUGUUGGAAAAUGGGUCUUCUCUCUGCUGGAAGUUUAGGCUUUGGCUAUGGAAUGGUGGAUCCUUCAAAUAUAUGCCGCAAUGAAACUCUACACGAUCAGUUUUUGCGAAGCUUUACGUAAUGGAUUACAACCCGACGCCAAUUUGUGUCCCGUUAUCACGUCGCUUCAUUCACAUCAUAUCUCACACGAUGUCGAGAAAAGGACGAGGAGAGAAGUUUUUAAGCACAGGGAUGGAUGCCAUAAAAUUAGCUCUCCGAAGUCCGAGCGAAGUUAUUGAGCUUUAUGUACAGUGGUAUGUAAUUCCUGUAUUAAUAAGGUAAUAAUACUUGGUGAAACUUGUUGGUUCUUAUUAGACUCUACUUUGCCCUUUGUGUCUGUCCCUUUUCCGGAUCUCGUUUACAGUUCUCGUCAAGCAGAACUGAAAGGGGUGAUGUAAUUGUGGGAUAUCUUGAUGAGCCUAUUAUCUGAUGCCGAUCAUCCUGUUAUAUAAGCUGUCAUUAGUUUCUCUUCC